CUUCGCCAGCAUUCGCCUUCAGCCUUUGCGGAUCUACUUCCUUUAUCUCCGUCGCCUCUGUACUGUCAUCUGUGUCAUCUGCACACAUAGUUGAUCAGCAUGUCUUCCUGCUUAGAAACCAUCCAUCUACCCCACCUUCCACCAACGCUGCCUAUACACAUUGCUCUCUACCGUGAUUUGCAGAAUGCCUCAUUUCUGAGGCAGCAGCUCAUUGCUGGAAAUACAGACUUCGAGUAUGCGUUGAUCGACGCCAGCAUGGUUCUCUCGAGAACACACAUUCUUGCAGCUGUUUUCAGAGCUGUCAAUGACUACCUGAAUGGGCAUCUCAGGUCGAGAAAUGUUCAUUCUGAGAUUGUGUUGUCCCUGAGUCCUGCAAAGAAUAUUGCCGAUGCUUUUCGCAAAUUCGGUAUCACUGAUUCAACAAAGGAUCUAUUGGUGGUCAAAGUCCCAGUGUCUCCUGAGAUCACCCAUGAAUCUGUAGCAGCCCAUUUGGGAGAACACGUGAAAGGUAUCCCAGUGCGAUUCAAUGAUGCUACACUGUCCUCCACCUGUGAUGUUGCGAAGAUCAAGAAAGCAUAUAAGCUAGGAGCAUUGGCUACUCCACCAGCAAAAUAUCAGGUGGAUGGUGUCCAUGACGGUGAAAAGCGACUAUUAGAAGUUUCCCUGCUGGGUGCUAUUGCAUUGCGGGGAUCAUGAAGCCAGAAACUUUAUGCUUUCUCAAAGCGAUGAUUCUAUCCCGGUGGUCCGGGCUUCCAGGCUUCUUGCAACAAUGCCAGACAAGCCUCACGACCAUAGGAAGAGCUCCUGAGUUAGUCGGUACAUUCGGGAAAGGGGUCACUCAUCCCCGCAGGAGUAAAUGGCCAAAUACUGCCGGUGAAGGGUCUCCAUACGUACCCUACAGCGACUGCUUAAAAGCUGGCCGGAAUAGCCCACCCUCCGCACCGCGCUGUUCUCCUAUUCCCAGAUACUAGUCACAUUCGGGGCUAGACAUAGUACUGUAGAAAAUACAACCGGCGAGAUGUUUAUGAAGAGGCUAUAUGAUCGUGAUGUGCGAAUUACUAUACUGCAAUUGUGUACCAGGUACUUCAGUGGUGAGAGCAUGUAUGCCAAGUAUAAUGGAAAUUGCCGGUGGAGUGGAUAUUAGACAUUAGCCACAUUUGAUCUUAACUAUAGAAUCAGUCAAGCAAAUGCUCUGUGCCAGGUCAGCC